CCAACGCCACAAAAUGCCAACUUUGCCGAAUUUCCUUGGCAAGCGAUGAUUUUGCGCGAAUCUACGAAAUCUUUACUUUGUGGCGGAAUUAUCAUCAAAAAGAAUUUCGUAUUGACAGCGGGCGAUUGUGUAGCUGGACAUAAAACGAUUGAUAUUCUCACAAAGGGAGGCGAAUGGAAAUUAGGCAGUGAUGAGGAAGGCAAGGACUACCAAAUUGUGCGUCUCAAGUCGUUAUCGUUGCAUCCAGACUUUAAUUUCACACAAAAAGCGCACAAUUUAGCCAUUUUACAUUUGGAACGGGAUUACAAAUUUGAUGAACAUAUUCAGCAAUUGUGCCUGGAUGAGACCGAACAACCACCAACAGCGAAUGAUUAUUGCGUCGUUACUGGAUGGGGACAAGAAGCAUUAAAAGUUCACAAAAAGAAUGCCAUUGAAUAUUGGACCAACGUCACCAUGUUACAAGAAGCUAAUUGCACUUCAACCGCUGGAGCUCGUAAUUUCAAUGGGGAUGUUUCCCUUUGUGGAGUUGCUGAUGAAAAUGCAUGCAAUUUUGAUUUUGGUAGUGCUCUUGCUUGUCAAACAAAGAAAGGUUCGCAAGAGUUCGUUUUGAAGGGCAUUUAUACGCAUAACACUGGAUGCUUUAACAAGACAAAACAUGGACAUAAAAAACCAACUCUUGUCUUUUCAAAACCAGAUCUCGAAUGGAUCAAACAUGUCACGAAGCCGAAGAAAAAUGGAAAUUAA